GAGGAGGAGAACAUACACUUGCAUGUACAUAUGCACCUCGGAGACAGCUGACUGACUGCGCAGACACUGGAGUGAACGACAGACAGACAGACAGACAUGGGAGAGAAGUGAAGGAAAGUGAAGGAGGGCAGAACAAGCCAACGACUGGAAGUAAAAAGCCUUGAAGUGAGAGCCAGCUGCGACCAUGGCAGACCCUCCAGCAGGCCCACCUGAGGAUCUCAACAAAAUCAGCUUCUGGAUGCCAGGAAAUUAUGUGCGGACAGUGCAGAGGACACCAGAGUCGUACCAAGCUUGUAAAGACAUCAUAGCAUGUAUGAAGGACCGGGCUCAUGUAGAGCGACAGUACGCCCGUCAGCUGACUGAAUGGAGCAGCAAAUGGAAAUCAAUCACUGAGACUCGGCCGCUGUACGGGUCCCUCUUGCGGGCAUGGCAGUGCUUUUUCUCGUCCACCGAGCGUCUGUCUGCCCUUCACACGUCAAUCUCCCAGUCUCUGGUUUCAGAAGAUGGAGAGCGCAUUCGUUCGUGGCAGAAGGAGACGUUCCCGCGGAAAAUGUUUUGCGGCUUCAGGGAGUCACAUGACCUUGGGACGGCUUUCUCACGUGCUCAGAAACCCUGGGUGAAAAGAUUAAAGAAGCUGGAAAAGGCCCGUGCGGCGUAUCAUAAGUCAUGUCAGAGGGAGCAGAUCGCUCAGGAAAAAGAGAAUCAAGCCAAACACAACACCAACCUGAGCGAGAGCAAACUGUCCAAGAUUCAGCAGACGAGAGAGAAAGCCACACAGGAACGCAGCAAGGCACGUGAUCAUUAUGAGAAGGUUCUAGAGGAUGUCACUGGCUUUGCACCACGAUACAUGGAGGAAAUGGAGUCUGUGUUCGACCAAUCACAGGAGGAGGAGAGGAAGAGGAUCAGCUUCCUGAAACAAACCUUCCUGUCCAUUCACAGACACCUCGACAUUACCAACAAUGAGAGUAUAAAAGCAGUGUAUGGUGAACUACAUCACUCGCUCAUGUCCAUCAGUGAACCUGAUGAUCUCCGCUGGUGGAAGAACAACCAUGGGCCGGGCAUGCCUACUGACUGGCCCAAACUAGAGGAAUGGAAUCCUCCGAUUAAAAAGCAAAAACCAGGAAAGAAACCAAAAGUACACAGAGGAACUGAGGAGAAAGCGGUCAUGAUCGGAGGCGUGCGUGUGCGAGCGCUGUACAACUACACCGGAGAGGAACCUGAUGAACUGUCCUUCAGAGCAGGUGAAGAGUUCCUCAAGGUUGAGGAAGAGGAUGAUCAGGGCUGGUGCUGGGGGGUGAAGGAGGGCGGAGUCGAAGGAUUUUAUCCGGCCAAUUACGUGUUGCCUGUGAAAUGACUACAGGAAUCAUAGCUGAGGCACAACUAUGCUUAUUUAGUUACAGAACACAUUGAUAUGGUGGCCAUCAAAAAGUAUAUAAAUGUCUGAAUAUCAUUACAUUACAACUAACUUUUCUUUUAGACUUUUUUAACACUAUAUCUAUUGUUUUGUCAUGUAAAACCGUCUUAAAGUCUUUGAGAUUUUUUUUUUCUGUAAAUGAACUGCUACUUAGUUUGAUGUUUCAUCUAAUGCAGUGACAUUCAGAUAUUUUUAAGUGUCCAAAUACUUCCACCGUUUGAAUGGCAAAGAAUUAAGUUGUGUGUUCAUCGGAAAACAACUACAACCAGUGUUUCUCUACAGACCAAAAUGAAAAUAAAAUAUUAAUUCUCUUUCAUGAA